CCCCAUUGGCGCUUUGGGCAGCUGCUUCUCAUCAGUCGAUCGGUGCGAGCGCGAGAAGUUUCAUCGAAUUGACAAUUAGUUUGGAGCGAAUUUAAAUUGCGCAGUGAAACAUCCAAAUAGUAUUCAAUAAGGGGAGAUUGCUGUGAAGUGUUUCAUAUUACGAAAAUGGCGAGCCUAAUGCGUGUACCAUCGAUUUUGGCCAAAAAUGCAGCGGCAAUGCUACGCACUGCCACUGUAGUGCCACAACGUGAACUGCACAUUACACAUGGCAAAAAUGAUGCCAAAGUACGCACUGAUGCCAUCUCUAAAGAGUACCCGAUUGUCGAUCACAGUUACGAUGCCAUUGUUGUUGGCGCUGGUGGUGCAGGUCUGCGUGCCGCUUUCGGUUUGGUGGCUGAAGGUUUCAAGACAGCUGUUAUCUCCAAACUCUUCCCCACCCGUUCACAUACAAUUGCCGCACAGGGCGGUAUUAAUGCGGCGCUCGGCAAUAUGGAAGACGAUGACUGGAAAUGGCACAUGUACGAUACCGUGAAGGGUUCCGAUUGGCUGGGCGAUCAAGAUGCCAUUCACUAUAUGACACGGGAGGCACCACAAGCCGUCAUUGAAUUGGAAAAUUACGGUAUGCCUUUCUCGCGCACACCCGAGGGUAAAAUCUAUCAACGCGCUUUCGGUGGCCAAAGUUUGAAAUUCGGUAAGGGUGGUCAAGCGCAUCGUUGCUGCGCCGUAGCGGAUCGUACAGGUCACUCGCUGUUGCACACACUGUACGGGCAGUCGUUGAGUUAUGAUUGUAAUUACUUUGUCGAAUAUUUCGCAUUGGAUUUAAUAUUUGAGGAUGGCAAGUGCAAAGGUGUGUUGGCACUGAAUCUGGAAGACGGCACACUGCAUCGUUUCCGUGCGCAUAACACCGUCAUUGCGACCGGUGGCUAUGGACGUGCUUUCUUUUCGUGCACAUCAGCACAUACGUGUACUGGUGACGGUAGUGCAAUGGUCGCACGCCAAGGCUUGCCCAUACAGGAUUUGGAAUUCGUGCAAUUCCAUCCGACUGGUAUCUAUGGUGCCGGUUGUUUAAUUACUGAAGGUUGUCGCGGUGAAGGUGGCUACUUGGUGAACUCAAAGGGUGAACGUUUUAUGGAACGUUAUGCGCCAGUCGCCAAAGAUCUCGCUUCACGUGAUGUGGUGUCACGUUCAAUGACUAUCGAAAUCAUGGAAGGACGUGGUGUUGGACCCGAAAAGGAUCACGUUUUCCUGCAAUUGCAUCAUUUGCCACCAGAGCAAUUGGCUCAACGUUUGCCAGGUAUCUCCGAGACCGCAAUGAUCUUUGCCGGCGUAGAUGUGACACGUGAACCCAUCCCAGUGCUGCCAACAGUGCAUUACAAUAUGGGCGGCAUCCCAACCAACUACAAGGGUCAAGUACUGACCAUCGAUGAGAACGGCUGUGAUGUCGUAGUGCCCGGUUUGUAUGCCGCCGGUGAGGCUGCCAGCUCAUCUGUGCACGGUGCCAAUCGUUUGGGCGCUAAUUCAUUGUUGGAUUUGGUCGUGUUUGGUCGUGCUUGCGCACUUACUAUUGCUGAAGAGAAUAAACCCGGCGUGCCAGCUCCCAGUUUGAAGGAUAAUGCUGGUGAGAUGUCCGUUGCUAAUUUGGAUAAAAUUAAGAAUAAUAAUGGCAAGAUUACCACCGCCGAUUUGCGUUUGAAAAUGCAAAAGACAAUGCAGGGUCACGCUGCCGUGUUCCGUGAUGGUCCCAUAUUGAAGAAAGGUUGCGAGAAGAUGGUGGAGAUCUACAAAGAGUUCCAAGAUGUCAAGGUUGUUGACAAAUCGAAUGUGUGGAAUUCCGAUUUGGCGGAAACGCUCGAAUUACAAAAUCUUUUGGCCAACGCUCAAAUGACUAUUGUUGCAGCAGAAAACCGCAAAGAAUCGCGUGGUGCACAUGCGCGCGAGGACUACAAGACGCGUAUCGAUGAAUAUGACUUCAGCAAGCCAAUUGAGGGUCAACAGAAGAUACCAUUGGACGAACAUUGGCGCAAACAUACUCUGACAUGGGUGUGCGGCGAUGCUGGCGAUAUCAAAAUCAAGUACCGCCCGGUCAUUGAUAAGACUUUGGAUGAUACCGUACAAACUGUGCCACCAGCAAUACGUUCCUAUUAAUUAAUAUUUAGUAAUUAAAUGGAUCAACGUAACCAUCAACACUACAAAUUGCGUAGGAGUGGCGUAUAUUUGUAUUCACAUGUCAUCUUUAAGUAAUUCGCUGAAUGAUCAUUUUGACGUGAAAAGUUUAAACGCGCUGAAUCUAUACAACUAUAUUGAGAUAAGCUAUAUAAACGGCAAACUAAACACCUUCCCUUUACACUAUGAAAAUUAUGUAAUUUAUUCACGAAAUGCAUAUAAUGUUUUCUGCCCUCCAAACCGCACAUAGGCAGACAUACACCCAGUUAUUUACACGCAACAAUUCUAAAAGUAUCUUGCAAUGUAUACUUAAUGAUGAUUUUUAGAAAGAAAACAAUCAAUUGUGUUUUUAUUUA